GUGAGGGCGGGGUUACGCAUCAAGUAUGAUUUCUCUUGAUAAAUCUUGCUAAAAUUUCUCUUCAAGCAGCUGGGGCAUGAAUUGUAUGCUACAUAGGCUGUUCGAUGUACUGAGGAUGAAGAAGCAACCAUAUUUCUCCGAAUGUGACGUUCUCUCUUUGGGAAGCCAUUCGAUUUUUACAGUAUUAGUUACACUAUUUAUUUGUUAUUGACCCAUUGUUAAUUAUAUUCCCUGCAUCUUGUCAACAUUAUCAGUCAUUAUGUCGGAUACCGAGGAUAAUCAGGAUAUGUUACCGAGUUUGGUCGAGCAGAUAGUCCAGCGAAUAACAGCGGGAGAGGUCCCUAUCAAGAGUAUUGAGCGGGAGCUCAUUUGUCCGAUCUGCAAGGAGCUGUUUACGCACCCCCUCAUCUUGCCCUGUCAGCACAGCGUUUGUCACAAGUGUGUCCGAGAGCUGCUGCUAUUGAACCAUGAGGAUUCUUUCGAUGCAGGCUCCGAGUGUUCCCUCCCUGGGAGCCCAGGGCCUCGAUCCAGAGUGCCCUCGCCAAGCAUGGAGAGGCUGGAUAGGCUUGCAAGAUCAGCCACACUGCAGAGAAGGUCGUUUGGGAGGAGAGGUAGACGCGGGUUCCAUUUUUUGAAUAGCUGUAGUAGCUCUAUCUCCUCACCGGGAUGGAGGCGUGGCUCUGUGACCCCCCGCAUCACCACCUUCCCGUGCCCGGGUUGCCAACACGACGUGGACCUGGGCGAGCGGGGCAUGAGCAUGCUCUUCCGGAACUUUACCCUGGAGAGCAUCGUGGAGCGCUACCGGCAGGCGGCCCGCGCUGCCGUGGCGGUCAUGUGCAACAUGUGCAAGCCGCCCCAGCAGGAGGCUACCAAGAGCUGCAUGGACUGCAAGGCCAGCUACUGCAACGAGUGCUUCAAGUUCCACCACCCCUGGGGCACCCCCAAAGCCCAGCACGAGUACGUGGGGCCCACCAUGAACUUUAGGCCCAAGGUGCUGAUGUGUCCAGAGCACGAGAUGGAGAAGGUGAACAUGUACUGCGAGGUGUGCCGGCGUCCGGUCUGUCACCUGUGCAAGCUGGGAGGCUCCCACGCCAACCACAAAGUCACAACCAUGAGUAGCGCCUACAAGAUCCUCAAGGAGAAGCUAUCAAAGGCUAUCCAUUACUUAAUCAGCAAAGAGGACCAAGUGAAGACUCAAAUUUCCCACCUGGAGGUGUUGAUCAAUGAAACCGAGGAGAACGGCCAGUUGGCGGAGCGUCGGACCAACGAGCACUUUGAGCGACUGUUCGAGACCCUCCAGGAGAGGAAGUCUGAGAUGCUGCGCUCCAUCGAGCAGUCGAGGACGCGGCGUCUGGACCAGCUCCGGGGCCAGGUGGACGAGUACCAGGGCAUGCUGGAGAACAGCGGCCUGGUGGGUUACGCCCAGGAGGUCCUCAAGGAGACGGACCAGUCCUGCUUUGUUCAGACUGCCAAGCAGCUGCACACCAGGAUCGCGAAAUCCACCGAGACUCUGAGGACAUUCCACCCUGUGGCCGACCCCUCCUUUGACGAGUUUGUGCUGGACACUUCCAGAGAGGAGACCCUGCUGAAGGAACUUUGUUUUGGUGGAGUCCCUGACCCUCCCAUCAUCGAUCUGUCCCGCAGUCGUGUCUACAACGAAGGCCUGGUGUGCUGGCAGUUGGCUGAGGACACCCUGGCCACAGACCACCAGGUGCUGGAGUACAGGAGGCUGGGUGUCGAGCAGGACGAGGAGGAGGGCGGCUGGCGCCCCACAGUCCCGGUGUACGGCCCCAGCACAGUGGUGUGCGACCUGGAGGCCGACAGCCUCUACUCGUUCAGAGUCCGCAGCUGUCGCAACUCCAUCUACAGCCCCUAUAGCCCAGAGGUCACCUUCCACACACCACCUGCCCCUGUGUUUGGCUUCCUGUUCAACGACAAGUGCGGCUUCAGCUCGGAGCGGCUGACGUUGAGUAAGCGGCGUGACUCGGUGGAGAGUGCGGCCGGCAUGGCCUUCCUGCUGGCUGCUGAGCGUGUGCAGACGGGCAGCUACAUGGGCCUGGAUUACAUCAUCGGUGACACGGGCAUCUCUCAGGGCAGACACUACUGGGCCUUCCGCGUGGAGCCCCACUCCUACCUGGUCAAGGUGGGCGUGGCCUCUGAUUCCAAGCUGCUGGAGUGGAUGCACAACCCCCGGGACACUAGUAGCCCCAGGUACGACCACGACAGUGGGCACGACAGUGGCAGCGAGGACACGUGCUACGAUCUGUCCCAGCCCUUCACCCUGCUCACCGUGGGCAUGGGCAAAGUGUUCAUCCCCAAAGCGUCUCUCCCCUCCGCUGCCGCCGGCAACGACCACGGCAACCGGGUGCUGCCCAUGCCCCAGCGCAUUGGUGUGUGCCUGGACUACGAGGCGGGCCGUGUCUACUUCUACGAUGCAGACACCAUGAGAAGCCUUUACGAGCGGCAGGUGGACUGCUCCGGUACCAUGUACCCCGCCUUUGGCCUCAUGGGUAGUGGCAAGGUCCAUCUAGAGGAGUUCAUCACGGCAAAGCGACUGUCGUAUAUGUGAGAUGUUGGGCCUUCCACACACCAAAGGGUCUCGCUCUCUCAACACUUGCCUUUGAGCUCAAGUUCCUCUCUGUCUCUGCUUUCAGUCAGGUAUAUUUUUGUAGUGGUUUGUUUGUGUGUGUAUGAACGUACUAUUUCAUUUUAUUAUCAUCAUGCCAUUUCUUUGUUUUAAUGAACACCUAUUUAUGUAGUAAAAUGUAGCCAAGAGAAACCAGAAGAGCCUUGCAGCUAGUCCUACUCCUGUGCCUUUCAUGAUAAAUAGGUCUUCUAGCAAAUGCUGUAAUUUGUCUAAUAAUAACUGGUCAUCACUUACAAGGGUGAGAGAGUGUCACAAGGACCCCUCGGUCGAGAAACAUCGCUACCAAAAACGGAGACAAAACGUAUACCUAAUCAAUGUCCUUUGACAAGAGUCACGGUCAACACCAGUUGGCUAGACCACAUUCAAUUUGGACACAUUCUCUCACAGGUGUUUAUUUUGUAUUUUUUUGAUUGCAUAAAAAAAAAAAAAAAAACCUUGUACAUUCUCUCACUACUUCAAUGCAGAGCACAUUUAUCUGAAUUGUAACACUAGGCAUUCACAUACAGGGUGGAAUUCUAAUGUAAAUCAUGCAUUGGUGUCAACUUUUGGAAAUGUGAGUUGACACGGGCCGAUCUCAAGUUCUCACCGAUUAGUUGUUAAUCACAAAAUGUUGACAUGAAUUAAUUAAACUCUCACACGGCUGUCUCGAUGCAGUUGUUCAACAGCAGUGAAUGUUUUCUUUUUAGCACCAAGAAUGUGAAACCUCAGAAACCCCACAGGUUCUCACUACACACAUUCUUCCAAGUUCCUUUCUUAACUACUUCAUAUUAGAAAAUUAUACAGAAUUUACAGCCAGUUGUUACGCAAGUUGUUGAUUGGCUCUUGAGAAUCAAGAGGGUGCAGCAUUUCAGAACGUUCAGAUAGAAAAUAUAUUAAGUCAACCGAUCAGAAUCUCUUUACUCUAGAAAAGGGUGUCUUUUUGACUCUAUACAUUACUUUGAUCUCAUUCUGCACGUUUCACCCUACUGAAUACACCCCUGGUCAGCUCUGGCUUUCCUACAUGGGUUUCUGGACAGGAAUAUCUGUAGAUCCAGUCAUGUUUGUGUUUUGUUGAGGGUAAGGGUAAUCGGUGCGUGUUUUCUCAGGUUUGUGGGCCCUUAUGCUACCUACCUCCUGUCGGCCCUGGAAAUCCUUUUAAAACUAUACCUUCCUCCUCGGAACAGGACUUAACUUUCCUUUGCAGCUUCCAUAAAUACAUUACAAUUUUAUUAUACCGUAAUAUAUUAGCCUUUAAGAUUGUUCAUAUCCAAUAAUAAACUGGAAUUAACUUUUUUUCAUUUUAACCUCGAUGUACAUAUCUAGUGUGACAUUUUCCGUCAAAUAAAACCUAGAUCUGCAAUUUAUUCUCUGUUUGUAUGUGCUGUGAAGUUUCUUAAGGCUUAAAGAAACUUGAAAGAUUUGGGUAAUUGGUGGAAAAUUGUAAUUGGAACUAGAUGUAAUCGUGUCUGACUGAAUUUGUGAAGUGAGCAUUUAAAAACCGAACACACACAUCCCCCUUUCUGUGUUUGAUGUGUUUAGGUCCAUUUGAGUGUGGCGUUUCCUAGAAUUUGUGGUGUUAUUUGGUUGUUGCUUAUCUGAAUCAUAUAAGGUCAUGUUGAGUAACAACAUAAUCUGUCGUUUUAAACUGAAUUCCUAUUUACUUUCAAAUUGGUGCGCAUAAUUCAGAGUAAUUCUCUACCAUUCCUUUUCGGGCACAACACCUCUACCUGUUCCUUUUGAAAUGACUGGAACACCUUUAAAAAGUCUAUGCACUUAAUUAACAGGUUCAGGGUUGUUUAUUCAUCACAGAAUGCAUUAUUAUAUACAGAACAAACUGAAUGUCUCGUAGGUUAGGUGUUUGUGUUAAUUUGCUUAUCUUGGGUCAAGUCACUGGUGGCCACAGCAGCUGUGUCUUUCACUGUCGAUGUAUGGUAGAGGUUUACUAUAGUGCGUUUAUUCUAGCGACAUAUCACUGCUGAUUUUUAGAAAAGGGAAUCAUAUGGCUUUCGGUAGUAAGUUAAACCAAAUAUUCUGCAGACUCUUAAUCUAAUGGUUCGAGCUAGCACUUUAAACUGUAGUGUGUAUGCAUGCCUCUCGGCUGUGCAGGUCUGUAUGAAUUGGUGUGCAAUAUUACGUAGACUGCAGGAAGUAGACCUGUUGUAUUCUCCUACUGUAAGUAAUGGGAUGUGAUGUUUGCUUUCUGUGAGUAAAUGCUUUAAUGAACAUGAAGCUUUGUCGGUCAUCAGAUUCUUGAAAUACUAAGCUUUUUUUAUUUGCUGUUUGGGGAUUUGUAUGAAAUAAACUAGUGUGUUUUAAA